UUUACAGUGUCGUACUGAACACCCACAUGGCUGUCAACGUAAACAUACACAUCGAUAAGCGUGAGAUAGUGCAACAUGGAGAUAUUUGGAAGUACGUUCGACGAUUCGGUGUUUGUGGAGACGAGAGACAGAGUGUCCAUCACGCUGUCGUCCUACAAUGCAAAAUUGUGCGAGCCGCAGUGGUUUUGUGGAAGUGCAGCUCUUGAUACAGAGGACUCCUUGGAGAAGCAAAAAGUCUAUAAAUUUCGAGGUGACUUGGCAUUGAAACAGGGGCACUUCCAGAGUGCUCUGGAUGCGUACAGCAGCUGCCUAGAAUGGAUCCCCGAUAAUAACCUGACUAUCAGAAGAGACGUUCUGGAAGGAAUGGCUCGAUGCUUCACGAACCUAGGACAGAGGGAAAAGGCUAUGGAAAUGGCUGACCUAUUGAGCAGCGAAGCCUCCAACACAUGUCACCUGACAAGCCUGCUGCAGCUCAAGGUCAGUAUUUACCAGCACUUUGGCGCCAUAGGAGCCAAGAUAGUGUCUCUGCAACAGCUGUGUAGUCUCCUGCCCUUCAACCCCUGGCAUUGGUACAGUCUGGGACAGACCUGCAUAGAACUGCUGGAGACUGAUGAGCCCCAAGGAUCCUACUAUCUACAGAAGUGUGACUCAACAGAGGAGCAGAAUGACAGACAGACCGGGGAGCAGCAGGAUGAGGAUGAAGAAGAGGAGAGGGAUAGAAUCUGGCUUAAGGCCUGCAUGUGUUUCAUCAGGACAAGGCUCCUGUUGAGAAUUCUUCGGCAGCAGCAGUCAUCCUUUGUGCUGCAGCGCAGCAAGAGUGUCCUCCAGAGGACAGAUGAGGUGUUACAGCAACUAAACCCCAAAGCUGAUACGCUGCAGACCCUCACUGAGGUGAUGUCAGAAGACCUGAUCCCUGAGAAGAUGAGGGAAGACAACCAGGAUGGUGAGAGUCUUGCCGGUCUCUGUCAGCAGAGCUUUCAAGAGCACUGGUGGAACAAGCUCUUACUGACUGGGGUAUUAGAAACUGACGGACCUCAACAUCAAACACAGACAGAGGCAAAGCCUUGAACUGACAAGAGGCAAGAUUGAACUGACAUUAAUGUUGACCUGGAACAUUUAAAAAAAAAAUCAAGGGCAUUUCCACUUUACUCGUCUUGAUGUUUCGAAAAGACAGAUGCAGAAAGAAAGGGACUAAAGAAUAUCAUAAUGAAGGCUCUUGCAGCAGAGAGGUGUAAUUUUUGCUGCAAGUCAUCAAGACUCAUUAGAAGCACAUUCUUUAGAAACAUCUUACCAUUUCUUUCUUCACCCGAAGACCAAGAAAAAGAAGUGGAAGAAAAGCCAGAUUCAACUCAAAGCACACUCGUGGGGAAACAGCAGUUUGGUCUGCUAGGUCCACUUUAUAUCUUGAUGAGCCUGAAGACAGGCUCAUGAAUACUCAUCACUUGGAGACAAACACCAUAAUUGCUGCAAGUGAGUAAUUGUCUUAUCCACAAACAUUCAGAAUAUUAGUAAAAAUACAGAAAGCUUAUGUUUUGUUAUAAGUGACUUUACAUUGUGGGUUCCAGGUAUAUUUCAUGGAAAUAUCCAAUUCAGCAAUUACAGUCAUACCUAAGAGUUAUAAUGUCUGUCCACUCCACAAUCAGUAAAAAUAAAACCAUCAAACCGACCUAACUUGUCAACAGUAGAUGAAGUUUACGACUUAUUAAUCUAUGCCUUUCUUGUUUUAGUUGAUGAAGGCUGUUAGCCAUAUUCUGUUUUGCACAUUUCUGUUAUUGAUGUUGCAGCAUCCAUUUUCCCAAGUGUAGCUUACUGCCUUAAGAUAACUGCAGGUUUGUGUUAUAUAGUCAGCCCCUCCAUGAUGUAUGAAAUAGAUCCUCCUGAAUGACCUUGAUCCUAUUCUACGUCAGUACAUACAGAAAAUGGUGAGACAUUUUUAUUUUUAUUUUUACAGCUCACUCAUAAUACUUAUGUUGUUACAUGAUUUUUUUAAAAUUAAACAAA